CGUAAUGCUGUCAUAUAUUAUAUAUGCUAAGAAUGGUUCUGUUUAGGAAGUCUUAAUGCUGUCUCUCGGUAUGCACCGAGCUUGUAUCAAAGCUAAUCGUUUUGUUUACGCGGAUGCUCUGAGGGGAUGUAUUAGGUCGAGUUUUGUGCGUCGUGGGAUGCAUCAAAGUCCGGUUUUAUCGGGUUUUUUAGAAAAGGGUUUUUCGGAUGUAAUGAAUGAGAGUGUUGGAAAAUCGUUACAUGGGUUUUACAUAAAGAAUAUGGGUUGUUCAAGUGUGUUCCAUACGAAUACGUUGAUAAAUAUGUAUUCAAAGUUUGGGGAAGUUGACAAAGCUUGGUACUUGUUUAGUGAAAUGCCUCAUACAAAUGAAGUUACAUGGAAUACAAUGAUAUCGGCUUUAGUUAGAGCUUGUUUGUGUUCAGAUGCUAUUGUUUUGUUUGGUCAAAUGCGUGGUCAAGGAUUUGAAACGAGUGGGUUCGUUAUCGCUAGUUUGUUAACUGGUUGCACUGCGUCACGGGUUUUGAUGCAUCAAGGAUUUCAGAUUCAUGGUCUAAUUUUGAAAAACGGUUUAUUGUGUAAUGUAUAUGCAACAACUGCACUUCUAAACUUUUAUGCUGCAUAUGGGUUUCAUUCUAGUGCGCAUAGUCUUUUUGACGAGAUGCCCGAAAAGAAUGUUGUGUCAUGGACUUCAUUGAUGGUUGGUUACUCUGACGAUGGGAAUCCGUUGGAGGUUCUAAACUUGUAUCAACAGAUGAGGUGUGAAGAUGUCGAUUGUAAUCAUAACACGUUCACAACUGUGAUUACGUCCUGUGGGUUGCUAGAAGAUGAAACAUUGGGAGUUAAAGUUCUUGGACAUGUCAUAAAGUGUGGAUACGAAAAUGAUCUUUCAGUAGCUAACUCGCUCAUAUCCAUGUUUGGUAAUUUGGGAAGGGUGGUUGACGCCUGCUAUAUUUUCAAUCAAAUGAAUUUACGGGACACUAUUUCAUGGAAUUCUAUGAUUUCUGCAUAUGCGCGUAACUACUCUCACGAGGACUCAUUCCGUUGCUUUAACUUGAUGCGUCAUGUCCAUGAGAACCUGGACCCGAUCACACUAUCUGCAUUGUUAUCGGUGUGUGGUUCCAUGGAUAAUUACCAUUGGGGAGCUGCAGUUCAUGGUUUAGUGCAAAAGCUCGGGUUAGAUUUAAACUUAUCCAUAAGUAAUACUCUUUUGGGUAUGUAUUCGGAAAGCGGAAGAUCCAAGGACAUGGCACAAUUGUUUGAAGAGAUGCCACGGAAGGAUCUAAUUUCAUGGAAUUCACUAAUGGCUGGCCAUGUUCAGGAAGGGAAGUACCUGGAUGCUCUGAAAGGAUUCGUUAAAUUGCUUCAGAGGCAAAGAACUGGAAAUCAUGUUUCUUUUGCUAGUGCCUUGACUGCUUGUUCAGACCCAGAAUGUCGGGAAUAUGCCACGAUUCUUCAUGCGCUUGUACUCACAUGUGGCCUCCAACACAACUUGAUUGUUGGAAACGCAAUAGUCACCAUGUACGGAAAACAUAGAAUGAUGUGGAAAGCCGAACGGGUCUUUGAAAGGAUGCCUGAGCGGGACCUGGUUACUUGGAACACUCUCAUUGGAGGAUAUGCAGAGUGUGAAGAACCAAACCAGGCAAUAAAAGUAUUCAAGUUGAUGAGAAAACAAAAUGAACCACCAAACUACAUUACCUUGGUUCAUGUCCUUGGUUCUUGUUUCGCUCCAAGUUACCUUCUCAGCCAUGGGAUGCCGUUACAUGCGUAUAUUAUUCUUAGUGGUUUUGAUUCAGAUGAUUAUAUAAAAAAUUCGCUCAUUACAAUGUAUGGAAAAUGUAAUGAUCUCAAGUCAAGUACGCAUAUCUUUGAUGGAAUUGUUAACAAGGAUUAUGUUGCGUGGAAUGCCGUGGUUGCUGCUAAUGCUCACCAUGGCCAUGGAGAAGAGGCAUUGAAAAGGUUCUCAGAGAUGAGAAGAAGUGGAGUACAGUUGGAUCAUUUUAGCUUUUCUGGAGCUCUUGCUGCUGCAGCUAACUUGUCUACUCUUGAAGAAGGUCAACAGCUUCAUGGUUUGAUCAUUAAAUUUGGCUUUGACUCGUAUCAAUAUGUAAAAACACCUUUAGUUGAUAUGUAUGGAAAGUGUGGCGAGAUCAAUGACGUGUUGAAAAUGCUUCCAGAACCAAUUAUCCGACCACGUGUAUUGUGGAACAUACUGAUUUCAGCUUUUUCUAGACUAGGAUCUUUUCACGAAGCCCGUGAAGCUUUUCAUGAAAUGCUGAACACUGGAUUAAAGCCCGAUCAUGUCACCUUUGUUUCUCUUUUAUCAGCAUGUAGUCAUGGAGGUUUAGUAGAUGAGGGUCUUGCAUACUACUCUUUAAUGACAACAAAGUUUGGAGUCCCUGUUGGUAUUGAGCACUGUGUUUGCAUAAUUGAUCUUCUUGGACGAUCAGGCAGGCUUUCCGAGGCCGAAGAUUUUAUCAAGAAAAUGCCAAUCCCACCAAAUGACUUUGUCUGGCGGAGCUUGCUAGCAGCAUGUCGGAUCCAUGGAAAUUUAGAACUAGGAAAGCAAGCUGCAGACCAUCUUCUCCAAUCAAACCCUUCAGAUGACUCUGCUUUCGUUUUAUACUCAAACGUCUGUGCAACAACUGGAAAGUGGGAGGCAGUUCAUAAUGUAAGAGAGGAAAUGGAAUUUAGUAAUAUUAAGAAGAAACCCGCGUGCAGUUGGAUCAAUAUCAAAAGAAAGGUCAGCUCUUUUGCUAUAGGGGACAAAUCCCACCCUUAUAGUGAUAAGAUAUAUGCCAAGCUAGAUGAGCUCAGGAAGAAGGUUAAAGAAGCUGGUUAUGUUCCGGAUUUGAGUUUUUCGUUGCAAGACGUUGAUGAAGAACAGAAAGAGGAUCACUUAUGGAAACACAGUGAGCGUUUAGCACUUGCAUAUGGAUUAAUGAAUACCCCUGAAGGUUCAUCUCUGCAGAUAUUUAAGAACCUUCGUGUUUGUGGUGAUUGCCAUUUGGUGUUCAAGUUCAUAAGCAACAUUACCAGGCGAAAAUUUAUAUUGAGAGAUCCUUUUAGGUUUCACCAUUUUAGUGAUGGGAAAUGUUCUUGCGGUGACUAUUGGUAGUAAGGCAGGAAGUAUUUGGACCUGUUUCACCUAUUAUACGAUUUAAAACCGAAGAAAAAGCUAUACAGAUUGCUAACGACACAGAUCCAGCUCUUGGAUAUGGUAAGGUUGGAGCCAAUGAAGGAUCAAUUAUAUAGCGGUACCGCCGGAGGCUCCAUACGGAGGUUAUAGGCAGUCCGGCAGUCCGCUCUAGGACGGGAGGGUUCUAAUUAUGGAUUGGAUGAUAAUCAAGAAGUACUAGCACAAUGCCGUCGUUUAGUUCAUUUAAGAUUCCCGAACACGUCUGUGCUUGGUCAUUCGCUGUUAAUCUUUUGCAGAUAAAGUAUGUGUGCAUGGGAAACAGGGGGAGAUUCUGGUUCUGAAGAGAUCUAAAAUUCAGUUUUGCUUUUCUUUCUAUCUAUCUCAAGUAGUAAGCUUGAUGUUGUUUUACAUAGUGUGAUAAGGCAAGCAUAAUAUGGUAAUGUGGGUUGAUCUGAUUCAUUUAUUAACUAAUCACACAGCAAUGUUUGGCCUGGUGGUCCGUAUUGAUCAAAUGAUCGAGUUUAGAUACUGUACUUUGUAUUUUCUUCUCGGUACGAAUUUAAGGUUUCAUUGGUGUAAUCUGAAUAAAUAGUACUCAAUGUACUACUAUCAUUGGUUUGAUAAAUAAAGCAGAUACAUAAAUAUCA